CUCGGUGCGGAGCUCUGAGAGGGAGCAGAGGAGCAGGCUGUACCGGGCAUCAUGACGCUGGAUUCCGGACAUAAUGAGCGCCUUCAGUAAGUGCAGCGAUGGGUGAGGAGGAAGGGGGAGGAAACAGUGAGCGGUGCCUCCAGCAUGGCGUCACCUCUGCGCGCUUUCACCCGGACAGGGGACACUGUUGGAGAAGAAGAAGAAGUGACUCGCCACCGGCACCGGAACAACUCACUCCAUCAUCAUCUCCAGUCCGAGAAGUAGCAGCAUGGAGAAGUCGAGCAGGAAGCAGCAGGAGCGCAAAGAGAAGAAACCCGGCGGCGGGAAGCUGUUCAAGAGGAAGUCCCUGAAGUCUGUGGGCAGCUUUAUGAGCAGAAUCAUCAAAACUUUGGGCACGCUGACGCGCUUUGGGGACGCGCAGCAGGGCGCGGAGGAGGACGACGGAGGGUUUGGAGAUGGAGCUCCGUGCGUCCUGAGCUCCACGGGCAUCAAGGAGGAGAUGCAUGUGAGCUGGGACCGAAACGUGAAGCCCUGCAGCAGCGAGUCCUGGUCCCUGAACACCGGCAGGGAGAAGCUGCGGCACCAGUACGCGGACAGAGUGCCCGGGUUGGAUGAUUACACACAAUACAGACCGGCCAGUGGUCAUUAUGUCCCAGAGAGCAAUAAAAAACAUGGCAUUUCCCACAACCUCAAUUAUCUCACCGAGACAAUUGCCACCUUCAAAAGGCUGGAGACCAUUGUGUCCAAGUACGGCUCACAGUUUCGUGGAAAUUCCCAACACGACGCGCUGGAGUUCCUGCUGUGGCUUCUGGACCGCGUGCACGAAGACGUCAACUUGGCCGCCCACAACAACAACAACAAGAGCAAAGCUCCCGGAAAGGGUCUCUGUGGAGCAGAGGAAGUUCUGUCUGAGUCCGGACUCCAGCACAGCUUCGUCAAGGAACAUUUCCAGGCCCAGUACAAGUCUUCUCUGACGUGUCCUCACUGCAUGAAGCAGAGCAACACCUUUGACCCGUUCCUCUGCAUCUCUCUGCCCAUCCCUCUGCGCCAGACCAGGUGGCUGUGUGUGGUUCUGGUGUUCAGCACUAAAGGCCAGCGGUACCUGAGGGUCGGACUCGCUGUGCCUCUGUUCGGCUCCGUGGCCACCCUGAGGAGGAUGGUGGCUGACGAGGGACAAAUCUCCCCAGACCAGGUGAUCCUGACGGAGGUUUACUCCACGGGUUUCCAUCGCUCCUUCUUCGACGAGGAGGAUCUGACGAGCAUCGCUGAGAACGACGUGGUCUACGCCUUCCAGGCUCCGCCCCUUUACAUCAGAGGAGGCUCUGCACGCAUCUCAGGGUACCACCACAGCCUCCCCUCCUCUCCUUACUCCUCGGGUCCUGAGAGUCAGAGGUUACCUUCCUCUGGGACUUUAUCCUCAGAGUUCCUGAACCACGGGGUCCCAGUGAAGAUCCUGCUGCUGGUCUGCAACGCUGCUGGGACGGGACAGCAAGCCGUCAGGUUUGGACCCCCGUUCCUGAUGAGGGAGGAUCGGUCUGUUUCCUGGGAGCAGCUGCAGCAGAGCAUCCUCAGCAAACUGUAUUACCUGAUGAUCAACGGGGUGCAGGCUCAGAACAUCAGAGUGAUGUUCAACGUCCGUGUGGUGGGGGGCUCGGUGUUUCACAGCUACCUGUCCCCUCAGGACGGACGGCCGCUGCACCACCCUGUUGUGGACAGAGCUCUGAAGCUCUGCGGCUCAGGAGGACCUCCUCAUGUGAAGCUGAUCAUCGAGUGGGAGCACCGCAUCAAAGACUGUGUGUUUGGGAACAUCCAGGAGGAGGUGGUGCAGCAGUCAGAGAGUGGGAGGAGUCAGCAGAAUGUCCAUCAGUUCAGCUGCAGCCUGGACGAGUGUUUCCAGCUCUACACCAAGGAGGAGCAGUUGGCCCCCGAUGAUGCCUGGAAGUGUCCCCACUGUCAGCAGCUGCAGCAGGGCACGGUGAAGAUGAAUCUGUGGACGCUGCCGGACAUCCUCAUCCUCCACCUGAAGCGCUUCAGACAGGUGGGCGACCGGAGGAACAAACUCACCACCUUCGUUCAAUUCCCCCUGACCGGCCUGGACAUGACGCCACACAUGGUGACCCGAAACCACAACAACCACCACCAGUCAAACCCAAACCACCAGUCAAACCCAAACCACCAGUCAAACCCAAACCACCAGUCAAACACAAACCACCAAUCAAACCCAAACCACCAGUCAAACCCAAACCACCAGUCAAACACAAACCACCAGUCAAACACAAACCACCAGUCAAACCCAAACCACCAGUCAAACCCAAACCACCAGUCAAACCCAAACCACCAGUCAAACACAAACCACCAGUCAAACACAAACCACCAGUCGAACACAAAACACCAGUCGAACCAGCACCAGCAGCAGGGAUUGAAACCGUCCCGCCGAUCUGACCCAACUCCACCUGACUUCCUGUACGAUCUGUACGCCGUGUGCAACCACCACGGAGGAAUGCACGGCGGACACUACACAGCUUUCUGCAGGAACUCAGUGGACGGCCAGUGGUACAGUUAUGAUGACAGCAGUGCGGAGGCGGUGCCGGAGGCGGAGGUCUGCACACGUGGAGCCUAUAUCCUCUUCUACCAGAGGAGACACACCAUACCCUCGUGGUCCGCCAGCUCCUCCGUCACUGGUUCCACCAGUUCCUCCACGUCUGACCACUGGUUGGUUCGGCUGGCGGAGGGGGGCAGUAAACGGGGCAGUGUUGGGUCAGGAGGACCCCCCCCUGGAGCUCGGGAGACCAAACAGGCCCCAGAGUCUCCGGAGCUACCAGUGUUUCGAGAAGAACCGCCAAAAACAGAGGAAACAAGUGGGUUUGAAGCCCAGCCGUUGGUCCGUGGGACUCCAGGCCGCAGCGUCAGCAUGAGAUCACCCACCAAACCCAAGGAGCCUCUGAGCAAAGUGCUGCCUCUGCGCUGGGCUUCUUUCAGCUCCAAGGAUCGCAUCAGACCCCCGGAAACGGCCAAGUCUGGAGAGCUGGUGGAGUAUCUGGAGUCUGGGCGGCGGCCCCGCUGCACCAAAGACCCCAUCGUAGCUCUGGUGGCGACCCCAACGCUGAAGAAGGCAAGAGGAGCGGACUGCAGCUCAACUAUCAACAGCAGUUUGAGUUUCUCAGAAAGACAAGGGUCCGAUUCUCCUAAAGCCCCGGAGGGACAAAGCAGAACUCGGGACGAUGCUAUUCUAAAGCAAAAGUCAUCGAAAAGACUAAGACAGGAGCACAGUAGGACCCUGGAUCUAAAGAGAGAGGAUCAAAUCAGCCACAGUGCGCCCCCCAGCAGAGACUCCACGCUCAGAAGGACUACGGUGGCCUGCAGAGCUCAAAAAGACUUCCCUCAGAGUCAACCUGAGGACAGAAGGGACGGCCGGAGCCACGAGAGCCUCCUGUCCUUCUUCAAACCCGGAUUCAUGAAGAAAGACGUCCCCGUGUCACCACUUAGAGGCCGACUGAACGGACACCUGGGGAAGCUGGCGAGCGGUAACUUAUCCAAACUGUCCCUCUCCAACGGGACGCUGGUGCCCGAGGAGAGGAAGGCUAACGGAGCGGCGCGUCAUCAUCAGUGUAAAGUAGGGAAUGGGAAGGCUGGGCAUCUGGACCCGGUGGACAUUCAGCGCGCUCACAGCUCCGGCAACAUCCAGAGCAGAAUGGAUUUGACUUUCCACAGGUGUGCUUCCCUGCAGAGGAACGGAGACAUCGUGGCAGCUCCGUCCCACAGAGUCCUGCUGACGGAUAAACCCGGGUACGCCACUCUGCAGCGGACUCCACUCAGCACCUCCUCCCUGGUGCCUCUGUGACCGCCUGAGAGCCGGACUCCUUCCUGUUCCUGGAAACACUUCUCCUCCUAUAGUACUGUUAUAAGUUCUUGCCUGUGUGUGUCUUAAACUAAAUCUAUGCAGUGUUGAAUUUACUGAGGAGAAAAACUGCUGUAAUGUGAUUUAUUUAGCCCUUUUUUUGGUUUUACAAAGCAGUCUUCUGGUUUCAUUUUGAGUUUAUCUGAGUGUGGAUUUGGUGAAUUAGUAUUUUUUGGCGCAUUACCCUGUGUGUCACACGGGCUAAAACAUGUAUAAUUGUGAAAAGCUACUAACGCCUGCACUGUAAAUCUGCUGCUAAAGCCACACACAUCAUUGCUUUGUCAUUUUCAUCUUACAUCACCAAUGCACUUCCUUUCAUUCAAUAUUCUGCUACCUUAACGAAGCUUAAGGAACAAUAACACAGCAGCAUAAUUGGAAAAAGCACUUUCUUUUCUGUGUUUUAUAUAUUAAUUUAUGAAAGAAUUGAUCUACAACUUGCAAACCAACAGAUUUCUAACUCUUCCAAAGAGGCACUAUUCUGCUUUUUGGGGGUUUCCCUAUCCUGUGUGUUGUAUAAGAAAAAUAAAGAGCUUUCUGCACAUUAAAGCAUAGAAACAUGUCACAGUAAAGCCACACAAAUAUUAAUAUUAACCUGAAAAAGAGCAGUAUAGCGCCCCUUUAAU